AUGGCUUCCAGCCAGCGUCGACGAUCAUCAGUUAAUCGGGAGUCGGUCUCCUCGAUCCUGGCUGCAGGGGAACCGAGUAAACCGGCCGACCCCCCAAGCCCUCACAUUGGAACUUCCCCCAACAGGGCACACUUCGCAGAACCUCCUUCUCUGUCUGCCGGACGCCAUGCUCGAGCAAUGUCCUAUACACCCCGCCGGCCAAACCGGUUAUCCUUAUCCUUCCCCGUGGCACCGAGUCUCAGCGAGUCUGCGAGACCAACACCCACUUCAUCGGAAGCACCUACAUUUCCGUCAACUCCCGUUGAGAAGAUAGCUCCGCCAAACCCAGACGAACACGGCAAAUUUCUGGUUGCUCUCGCCGGACAGGAGAGGAAGGUGUUCGAGCUGAAGGAAGAACUCUCAAAGGCUGAAGAGGAGUUGAGGAUUCUGAAGAAACAAUAUGCCAAGUACGAGGCGGCCAAGAAGAGGGCAGAGCUGCGGCACGUCGAGCCACUACAGAGUGUCAUUACAGAUGGUGGUAACAGCGGGGAUCCCUCGGCCGUGCCUCGUCAGAGUGCCGAGCUCGACAGGCGAAGAGCCCUAUUGAAUAAUCUUAACCUCCCUAAGGAUUCGCGCCGGAAAUUCUCGGGUGCUCAUACCCGGGCACUUUCCCUGCUUUCUCCUGAAAGAUCCAAUUUCCAUCAGCCUCAGCCGUUCCCGCCUGUCCCAGAAUCUUCAGCUGAGAGAACCGGUUUCCCAAGAACCAUCCCGGACAUUAGCCAAGGGAUAAAGAAAACAUCUUCCAAUCGUGUAAAAGCAAGGCACUCUUACCAGAUUGGCGUGCCGCUUGGUGCCAAACAACUUGCCGAAGACCUCAAGUCAGGCUUAUGGACCUUCAUGGAGGAUCUACGGCAGGCGACGGUUGGGGAUGAGGCGGUCAAUGGUACCACAAGCCGAUCGACCCUCGACCUUGCCCACGGUGCUCCUGUCAAGACGAGCAGCAAAAACAGUCUGAAGGGCAACGACCGAGGCAAAUCCCCCAGGUCCAUGUCACCACGGACCUGGGAGACUCUGACAGGGAGUAGCCCGCUACUGGCUGGUUUAUCAGAUGAACCUGAAGCCCAAGCUCUCCCACGGGCAAAUUCCCCUUCGACCGUGAAGAAGUCUCGCCCUCUCUCCCUUGCUGCACCACCCUUAGGCGACCUUGACGACUGGGGGAACUGGGAUUCCCCAAUUCCCAAAUCACCCCGCUGGAGCGGAAGCUCCACGGUUUCAAACCCGGCUACACCGUCCAACGGGAACAACGCCGAUGAGAACGUCCAGUAUGAUAAAUCCUCCUCGCUACCGCCGUUUGUCAGAAUUAACAAGUCUAGAAUCAUUGGUCAGAACGCGGAUGGAGUCAGCACGCCUACCAUACGCACUGAUAUCCAAUGGCCAGCCCUAGAUAAUUUGAGCCCGGGCGCUCUGAAGGGUAAUCUGCAGCGCACCAUGUCGACCAUCAUGAAAGAGUGGGAGAAGUCGAUCCAAAUGCCGGUGCCGGCGGAGGAGCGUGCAGCUGGGGUUCCCACUGGCUCCGACGCCCCCCCUGCUGCCAGCACGACGGAGGACGUUGCCAUGAUGUCUCGAUGA